AUGCCUCGCCCUCGCCGGCCCGGUGCUCCUGAGCCCAAACGGAGGUCUCGCAAAGGCUGCUGGCCCUGCAAAGCACGCAAAGUGAAAUGCGUCCAGUCCGCCCAAUUCUUCUUCGCCCUCUCACCGCCAGACGUGCAACUGGAUUCGACAGAUGUCACUCCGCCCAUUGAUACCUUGGAUACCACUGAGGGGAGUAAUGUACAAGAGCAAGCCAUGGAGAAUCUGUUCUGGGAACCUGAAUUCGUGUCAGAGACGAUGGCAGAAACCCCAAUCCCUAGAGGGUUACAUGAUAUUCAUGAAUCCCCGAGUGUCCCCGAACAGACGUCUAGGCCUCCUUAUCGUACAAAUGAUAAGACACCAGUAGAGCUAAGUCCACCGUCCCGGGGUAGAGAUGUCGCGACUUCAUGGCCAGCCAUGUCCCAAGCUCCCUUGUCUAGUGAGACGAUUCCCGACCACCCGCCGUCUUUUGCGUCACCCCUAGACGCCUUAGCGUAUCAAUCCCCAGCGGAUACCGGCUCAAGCACUGGCUCUUUGGGCAUUUUGAAUUGGUCUCCUGCCACAGUGUCGCAACCGAUCUCCUUUCUUCGGCAAUCCGCCGACAUAUCAAAACAAUCUGUACGCCAAUUACCAGUCGAACAGGACAGUCACAGACUCACAAAAUGGUACGAUGGCCACCUGAUCGGCGUUCCCGGUCCAGAUGUAACUGAUAGCUUACCCAGUCGGGAUGGUUUUCCGCUAUCUGCUUCUUCCCAAAGAGACCCGGCCCUACUGUCCAACGUGCCCGUCUCUGCAGAGGAUUUCUGCACCACAACCAUGAACGAGCCUCUCCGAUCACUAAAAGAUGGCACAUCUGACCACUAUGGAGUGGAUGCUACACAAUAUCCUCGUGAAAGGGCUGUCCUGGGGCCUGGUGGCCCUACUCCUUCGCAAAGGAAAUGGUACACUUACCUGACAAGUGUCACGGACAAUUACGGAUUAGAUUGCGGCCACCCAGAUCGGGAUCUAAACCAGAACGAUGAUCACUCAGCAAUUGAUAUCAAUUCUGCUCUAAACUUGGUGAAUCAGCCUGGCGAAUCCCUCUCUGAUACCGCAGCGCCUGGCUCGCCAGAGAAAGAGGCCAAAGCUAGUUGCUUUGAUUGUAAUUAUGCCUACUACAAGUCUGCCGUUCCCAUAAACAUCCCCCGGUAUCUGUCUCCUUUGCCAGCCACAUUGGUGCAAACCCCCAUCAACCUGAUGUACUUCCAUCAUUUUCUCAACCACACCGCCAGGAUGCUAGUCCCUCAUGACUGUGGCAACAACCCUUUCAUAACGGUCCUCCCAAGCAUGGCUGUCGGGGACUCCAAUCUUUUGAAUCUGAUGCUGGCAUAUUCCGCCAGCCAUCGUGCCAGGUACUUGAAACAUCCAGAGCCUGCCAACAGGAUUGCACACUGGGUUAGCAGCGUCUUCCCCGCACUGCGUCUUGCGCUAGAAGAUGCUCACAAAAAGACCACCGACAAUCACCUUGCUGCGGCCAUAAUGCUACUUUCCUUGAAAAUCGUGUCCCCCAGCACCUUCGAGGUACCCAUCCCCUGGCAAAGUCAUCUCAAGCUGGCCCGUGACCUCUUUCUGGCACGUCGAGAGCAGAUGGUAUACCCUGGCAAUCGUGUCGGCGCAUUUCUCAUCCGCUGGCUGGGGUAUCUUGAUAUCAUGGGGACUCUAUCCUGCCGCCACAGCGAACCUCCACUGCUUGCAUAUUUCUCCUCGUUGAACACAUGUUGUAUAGGAGAAAAAUACGACGAGUACAGUGCAGACUGCUUCACCGGAUUCACGCCUCGCACAGGUCUGUUUCUAAUGCGCCUUGGCCAACUAGUGCACCAAUGCGAUAAUGAGCGGUUUGAUGAGACCGGCGCCUUUAUCCUGGAAUGGACGCCUUCGGCAGACAUUAUCUUUGAGGCACAAACCUUGCUCGCCGAUCUCGACAUCCUCAAUAUGCACACUCAUGCGAAUGGGAGACAUUUCCAGGAUUCGAUGUCCACGGACAUUGUAGCUAUGGACCAAGCUUUCCGCUACGCCGGUCUGGUCCAUCUUCAAUGCCGGGUUCUGGGUGCCUCUUCUUCUUCGCCAGCGCUGAAGAAGGCUCUUGAAGAGCUGGCGAAAUCCUUGGUUCUGAUCCGAUCGGGAUCGCCCGUCGAGGUUGGCUCCAUCUUUCCACUGUUCACUGUAGGAUGUGAGUUCCGAGACCUUGAACAGCGAACAGAGAUACAAGCAAGAUUUAAGCGUCUGGAAAGCACGGGGUUGAAGCAGAUCCAGAAUGCUCGCACCUUGAUGCAAAAGUGCUGGAAGGAGGACCGGCCAUGGAUUGCCCUUGCUCAAGGAGAGUUCCUGGGCUAA